AUGGGAACUCAAAACCCUCCAUUGAUUGGUAACUACGACGUCAAACGAUGCUAUGUACUAGACGUCAUAUUCAAUUACCGAAUCCCAGGAGGCCUUACGGUCAACACCACCAGAAAUGUCAUAGGGGAGUUUCAAAGUCUUUUUCUGGUUGUACACAAUCUAUAUCUUUCUCUUCAACAAUGCAAAGAGGUGAUAAUCACAAUCGGAAAUAUAACAUCAUCUCCACCAGGAGUUAGUCUUGUUUACUUCCGAGUACCACUUACUUUUACAGCAUCAAAUAACAUAGCUGAUGAUCAAGUGGCUAUAAAUGUUACAACCUGUGUAAACGCUGCAAAUGUCUCCUUAAAAGGAUAUAUAGACCGAAGUGCUCCAAACAUAACUCAAAACAAAACCACAUACCAAAUUAACCAACAGUCUUCAUUGGAGAAGAAGUCAUGCUGUGGUGGGGAUAUACCGCCGCCCUGCUGUGCCGUUGGCUCAAUCAAGGUUUCAAAUACUAGUUGCGGUUGUUUGCCCGGAUUUCACCACGUUACCGGCCGUUCGUGUGUUCCUUGUCCAUCUGACACUUAUCAGGAUGAACAAGGACAAAAGUCUUGUAAGACUUGUCCAGCUAAUACAGUAACAUUUGGUAAGACAAGAAUGACAAACAAGGCCAACUGCACAGGUUGUUUGCCUGGAUUUCACUUCGUCACUGGCCGUUCGUGUGUCUCUUGUCCUUCUGACACUUAUCAGGAUGAACAUGGACAAAAAUAUUGUAAGACUUGUCCAGUUAAUACAGGAACAUUUGGUAAGACAAGAAUGACAAACCAAGCCAACUGCACAGAUACAAAUCCUCUGCAAGUUAACGACCAAGUAGUUUUCCUGCCUGAAAACAUCAACAACGAAACAAUAGUCGUGAAUGUUACUGUUACUGCAGUUCUGGCUUCCCUUGUUCGACCAUUUAAGUUUUACGUAGAUAAUGUCACACAGCCACGACUACUGUCACGCGAGGUGUCAAGGCGAAAGCGGCGUCGUGUUGAAGUUGAUUCUCAGUGUACACACGCUGAGCUCUGUCCUCAAAUGUUAGUCGAUCUCUGUUUUAAGGCAGGUGCCGUCAAACCAGAAAAUUAUUUCUGCAUUCAUCGAUUCACUGGACGAAUAAGGAUAACGCAAGACUUUGUCUUCAAGGAAGGUGAAGUAUUUGAUUUACAAAUACGCGUGACGGACAGCGACCCAAGAGGAAUAACCGUAAACAAAGCCAAAGUCAAACUCAUUUCUGGUGACCCGUGUAAGAACGUCCAAGCGAUUUAUGAUGAAGCCGUGAAAUAUUGCAUCAAGAAUUCAGAAUCUGUCGAUGGAGGAAAGAAGUGCUUGAGUAUUCAGUGCACAGAGACUGCCCAUGAGUGGAAAGAAGCACUUAACAGUGCAAGUAAAGUACCAGAGAAAGACUGCUCAGCUGAUCCCCAUAAUCUUACAGUGCUCAUCCGCGAAAACCCACGUUGUGGUAAGUAGUCACGUGUUGUAGAGUCUACUCUAUCUCCUCGUCUUAUCACGCAACACGUGCUCUUUCUCAGAGAGCGCGUUGCGUGACCAACAAGCAAAGACUUCGAAGGAGACUGGAGUCGACUCCCAAAAACAGUAACUUUGAAGAGUAUCGAUGGAUACAGUUUGUUACUCUCCCCUCCCCCCUUCCCUUUGCCGUCCACACUAAAUGUCCGAAAACACUGAUGAAAGCGACAGAGUGAUGUUUUUCACGUCACCAUUUUGAGAAGCAUCCGUUUUCACCUGUCCACAAAAGAAAUUGGGCGUUUUCAAGACUCCACUUUUGAAAUCGUCUUCGACAGUGUUCAUUUUAUUCCCUUUCAUCAGGUGUUUCGGUGUGGACGAAAGAGAAUGGGGCUAUAUGACCGCCGUCAGACAAGUUGAUUGCUGUUGACCUGUAUUGCAGAUUGUUAACUCUCCGAGAUGUGUUUUUCACCAAAGAUGUACAUUUCGGAUUUAAUGCUGCAGUCAGAAAUCCUAAAUGUGCAUUACUUAUAUCCACAAUUCAGAGCUUUGAUAAGAGAUCUGAAUCGUCUGUUGCAAAAUUUAAACAAGAUAGAUUUUCAGAUCGGAAAUCUAAAUUGUUAACUACAGGUACUCACUUUAAAUCAACUCAGUCGUUGACUUCUUUGGAUUGACUCGAAUUCUGCAACGUGCUUGGCAAUUGUAAAUUAAAGUUGCUUAUUGCUAAAAUUUUUGCUGGGCAAACUUUAAAUGCUACGUUCUCUCAGAUUCCCUUAUAGCAUCUUUUAAUCUUGAAAAUAUGGUAUGGCAAAAUUUGAACUAUUUCCUUCUCAUUUCAGCCGUUUAUCAGCUUGUGAACGCAGAAGUGUUUCCAGUUGUUACUUCUCUUAACAGGCUAGCCCUUUACAAGUACAAUUUGUGCAGUUCAACAUGCGUUGUCGGAUGCUGGCCUCCUCUAACUACGGUUCUGUUUUGAAAGCAGCUUCAAACUCUUUAUAAACAACAUUUAGUGCUUUACUCACCCUUUUAGUCUUUAUUCCAAUAGGUCUCUGGAGUUGUUGCUGUUGGUAAGUAUGUCAACAUCGAAUAUGGCGUACGCAUGUGAGUUAGAGAUUAUCCACUUCUUAGAUAUUUGAGGCUGCUAAGGGUCGCCGCUUGGGAUUUGAAGCAGCGUGCAUUUUAGAGAUCAGAAGCAAACUCUUUGCAAACAACAUUUAGUGCUUUACUCACCCUUUUAGUCUUUAUCUUAAUAGGUCUGCGGAGUUUUUGCUGUUGGUAAGUAUGUCAAGAUUGAAUAUGGCGUACGCAACUGAGUUAGAGAUUAUUGUUUUCUCACAGUCCCACAUAGCAUCUUUUAACCUUGGUAGCAUGGUGAUAAUGGCAAAUGGCAAAAUUUGAACUAUUUUCCGUCUCCUUGCAGCCGUUUAUCAGCUUGUGAACGUAGAGGUGUUUCCAGUUGUCAUUUCUCUUAACAGGCAAGCCCUUUACAAGUACAAUUUGUGCAGUUCAUCGUCCGUUGUCGGAUGCUGGCUUCCUCUAACUACGGUUCUGUUUUGAAAGCAGCUUCAAACUCUUUACAAACAACAUUUAGUACUUUACUCACCCUUUUAGUCUUUAUCUUAACAGGUUUCCGGAUUUGUUACUGUUGGUAAGUAUGUCAACAUUGGAUAUGGCGAACGCAAGCGAGUCAGAGAUUAUCCACUCCUAAGACAUUGGAGGCUGCUGGGGUCACCGCUUGGGAUUUGAGGCAGCGUGCAUUUGAGAGGCGAUGGAGACGUCAGUGGCUGAUAAAACUCCGUUUUCUUCCCAACAAAUAAAAUAGGGACCUUUAGCAGUUAGGACGGCAACACCAAAGAGGACAUAGAUUUAAAAAAAUGAAUAUUUAUUUUUAGUUGGAAUUUCGCGAAUGACUGGAUGUGUUUACCAUCUCUUACGGCGCACAUGUAGCCCCGGUUUUUUGAAGCUCGGAUAAUGCUAUUCACUGGAUAAAUCUCUAUCUGGUGGAUAACGCUAUACGUUUUUCUAUCACUUAUCCGUUGGAGAGCGAUUUAUCCAUUGCAUAUCAUUAUCCGCCCUUUACACAACUGGGCCCUGGAUUUAAAACAUUUGCAUCAGUUAUAGUUUAGGAAUACAAUAAACUUGAACCUUCUUGAGUUUAUUUAGAA